AUGAGAUCUUCAAUUUUAUUUUCUACAAUUCUUUUAUUAUCACUUAUAAAUCAAUGUCUUUCCAUUGAAUAUCUAGAUAUCAAUCAAUUUAUAAUGAUGGGCAAAUACCAUCAAUUUUACGCUGUCAAUACAACCACUGGUGAGUUGAUAAAGAAUGUCGAUGCUGGUAAACAAAAUUAUUUCUUCCAAUCUUUCCUCUCUGGCAAUCCCUUUACCAAUUCUUUUUUGUUGUUGGCCACUGACCAAAAUGAUCAACAAGACGUAAUUCUUGAAUAUUCUAUCAAUGACAAUACUUUUACAGAGAUAAACAGAAUAAACGACAGUUACUCUGGAUUGGCAAACGCACAAAUGUAUGCCUACGACCCAGUUCACAACUUUGUUGCACUUCCAACAGUUGACAUGAACGAACAGAAUCUAACUAUUUACAUUUGGGAUUUUAAUACCAAACAAAUUACAUAUGUUUCACUUCCAUAUGCUCCAAUGAACGGUAAUACUCUUUAUCCAGUAGGAUCAUACGAUGCCACCACCGGAAACUAUUAUAUUAUCUAUAAUAUCGAUGAACCAAAGCUCAGAUUGGGUACCUACUUGGUUGUUUACAACAUGUGGACUAGAACCAUCGUUAAGGAGCCAGUUUACUUUUACGAUUUCGUUAUGCAGGUGCCACAGAUUGUCUAUACCAACGAUCAGAUCUACUUUAUUGACCUCUGUCUCGUUUGUAACUUUAAGAUUUACACUGCCGAUCCCCCCACUCAGAGCACCAAAAAUAUCUACACCGUUCCAGCGAAAUUCAAGCAAUCCAACAAUUUCGGAAGUACUUUCGGUGUCAAGGGUAGCUCCAUUGUCUUAUUCUCCUCUGUGACAUCGGAAAUCUACACCACCACCGUAAUCGAUUUGGCAACCAUGCAAAUACACACCAGUCCUUCAAUUGCAAUGACAAACACUUUCCAAUAUGAAUGGAUAAGUGGUGGAUUCUAA